UCGUUCAGCCUGUCAAGGAAGAAGAUAGUUCACUACACAAGCUAUGAUCAGCGGAAAAGAGCCAACGCAGCAUUCCUGAUUGGAGCAUAUGCAGUGAUCUAUUUAAAGAAGACACCAGAAGAGGCAUACAGAGCACUGCUUAGUGGGUCCAGCCCUCAGUACCUCCCUUUUAGAGAUGCUUCUUUUGGGAAUUGCACAUAUAACCUUACCAUCCUGGACUGUUUGCAGGGAAUACGCAAGGCACUUCAUCUUGGGUUCUUUAAUUUUGAAAACUUUGAUGUGGAUGAAUAUGAGCAUUAUGAGAGGGUAGAAAAUGGGGAUUUCAAUUGGAUUGUUCCAGGAAAAUUUUUGGCGUUCAGCGGUCCUCAUCCGAAAAGCAAAAUUGAAAAUGGUUAUCCAUUGCAUGCCCCAGAAGCAUAUUUCCCAUAUUUCAGGAAACACAAUGUCACCACCAUCAUUAGGCUUAAUAAGAAGAUUUAUGACUCUAGAAGAUUUACAGAUGCUGGAUUCGACCAUUAUGAUCUGUUCUUUGUGGAUGGGAGCACACCUAGCGAUGGCAUAGUGCGGAGGUUCCUGAACUUGUGUGAGAACACAGAUGGGGCUAUUGCCGUUCAUUGCAAAGCUGGCCUAGGCAGGACGGGCACCCUUAUUGCGUGUUAUAUUAUGAAGCACUACAGGUUCACACACUCUGAAGCUAUAGCAUGGAUAAGAAUAUGUCGACCUGGCUCUAUCAUCGGGCCUCAGCAGCACUUCCUAGAAGAAAAACAGGCCUGGCUAUGGCUGCAGGGAGAUCUUCACAGAAGUAAACAGAAGCAAAUCCAGCUGGAAGAAGGGAUGGUGAACCGAAUCUUGUCUGAAUUUGAAGAUUUGUCUGUGAGUGGCAGGUUAAGUCGACAUCACAGUUUGGACAGGUCAGGAGAGAAUAAUUCUGAGGAUGAGUUGGAUGAAAGAAAUGGCCUGACACAGGGUGAUAAACUACGUGCCUUAAAGAGCAGAAGGCAGCCACGUUCGGCUACCACUGGAGCACUACGGUUAGAUGAAAUGAAACCACAUAUAAGAUCAACGUCUCAGCCUUUCAGAGUAAUCGCCUCUAACAGUGCACAGGGCUCCAUGUCCCCGCUGAAGUCCUCUAGAGUUUCUGCAUCUUCAUCAGCAGUUGCUAGGAGAGUUGGACAGAGUUCAGGAUCUUCAAGCAGCAAAGCAAAAAAUUUCUCUGUAAAUACACGGUUUGCUGGCUCACUUGGGAAUCUGAACUCUGCUUUGGAAGAGCUAGAUGGCACCCGCAGCUCCUUUCCCUCCCGCCCCAGCUACUCCCCAGCACACCCUUCCAGCUUGUACCCCUCCAGUCCUCCUGGCCGAAGCCAAGGCGAGUUCAACAACAACCGUGCCUGGAACGUGUCCACUGCUGGCAAUGAUUCGUAUGGAUCCUACCGACCCUCAUACACAGGCCUUUCCUCCACUGCACGCUACCUGAGUCGCUCUAUUCCU